CACGGUGACAGCAAAUCUCAUCCAUCAUUACACACACGCACUUCUUUCCUCCAUUUCCUAAGGCAGCAUUAGCGAUGGCGUACUCACCAAAGCUAGCUGCUACACUGCUCUUAGCUCUCGCGUCUGCCAUGGUCGUCACCGCCCAGAAUGAGCCCGAAGACAUGCUGAUCGCCCACAACGAAGUGCGCGCCACCGUCGGCGUGGGGCCGCUGACGUGGGACCCCAUAGUGGCGGCGUAUGCACAGUCGUACGCGGAGAAGCGCCGCGCCGACUGCCAGUUAAUACCAUCUCCGGAGGUCCGCCCAUACGGAGAGAACCUUUUUCGGGGUGGGACCGAAUGGAAUGCAGUGGACGCAGUGUUUUACUGGGCGUCCGGGAAGCAGUACUACGACCACGCCACCAACACUUGCUCGGCACCUACGGGUGAGUCGUGCGAUCGAUACCUGGAGUUGGUGUGGAGGGACACGAAGGCCAUAGGCUGUGGCGCUGUCCCCUGUGACGGCAACGUUGGCGUGUUUGUCAUCUGCUGCUACAGCCCGCCGCACAUGGUCGGGCAGAUUCCAUACUAGGCUACGUACCAAGUAUGCAUGCAUGCACGUAGCAACGUAUUACACAAAUAAAUAAUUAAGGGAUACUCCUAGGGCUGGUCAUUAAUUAUCGGGUACCGAUAUGUGUGUGUGUGACCAGAAUCCCUCCUCCCUUCACUCUUGUAUCGUUCCGGGCUUUGAUUGUUUUUGUAUUAGUCUCAUGCAUUCGUUUGUAUUUGAGAUUGUUAUUCCGGUUGUA